AUGGAUCCGUAUCGCUCAUUAAGGAUUGCCUUAAUCGAUUCAAAGUUCUUUCUGGGUGUGUUAUCGAUACGUUACCUUGGUGUCCCAUUCAUCUCUACCAAAUUGCGAGCUUUAGAUUGGAAGGUGUUGGUGGAUCGAAUUAUAACUAGAGCGAAGAGUUGGACUUAUCGAGCACUCUCCUGCGCGAGUAGGUUACAGCUCAUUAAGUCUAUACUAUUUUCUAUUCAACGUCCUGGAGAUUGUUCUUGGACUUGGAGGAAGAUUCUUGGACUUCGAGAUAUAAGGAGGGACAAAAUGAAAUUCAGAAUCAGUAAUAGUAGACGUGCUUCGCUUUGGUUUGAUAAUUGGCAUCCUCUUGGCCCUUUAGAGAAUAUUAUUGGUGAGAGGAUCAUUCAUGAAUCUAGAUUGAGCAAACAAGCUAAGGUGGCUGAUAUUAUUGAGGGAAAUACUUGGAGUUGGCCAUCAACUCGUUCCUCAAUUACUAGAGAGGAUGUCUUGCGAGGGGUGGAUGAUGUGCAUGGAGUCUUCUCUCUAACAAUUCAAGGUGGCCUCUAUACACAGACCAAGCUUAUUCGCUUUGUUUUGAUACAGUCUAUGCAUUGUGUGCUGUGUUGCUGUUCAGAUGAGGAUUUGGAUCAACUUUUCUUUGCUUGCCCAUAUUCUGAGCGUAUUUGGCAUUCUUUGCAUGCAAAAUAUAACAUGCCUUGGGUUCAUCGGAGUUGUACAGAUACUCUUUCUUGGAUGGAGCAGUUUCGUGGGAGAUCUUUGCACUCUAUUGUUAUCCGUUUGAUAUUUACGGCUUCGAUUCUAGCUAUUUGGCAUGAGCGUAAUACUAGAACCCAUGGUGAGGCUCCUAAACAUGAGUUUAUUGUUAUUCGAGACAUUAUUUUUUCUAUUUGUGCACGAGUAAAUUUAUGUAGGGGCUUGGUUCCAUCUGAUGAAAAUAGAUGGCUCCAACGUUCAUGGGGUUUUUCUGCGAAUAUUUUUUAUUGA